UUGUUUUGAAAGAACUACUAGUAUGGAAAAUGAUGAGAGCAGUUACAGUGAGGGAGAAGAGCAAAAACCUUCUCUACCGUUUUUGGAAGAGGAAGAAAAAGAAGACAAAGCUGGUCAGCUCUCUAAUAUGGAAGAAUGCUGGGAAGAAUCCAAGCUUGAAGAAGAGUUGACUGGUGGUGGCAAGAUGGGAAACAAGGACACCUCUGAACAAGUUGGAGACAAAGCCAGUUCUAGCAUGGAAAUCUUGGAACACAGUUUGGGUGACAUUAAUAAUAUUCAGGCCAUGAAGCAUAAAGAUAGAGUUUGCUUACUGCGCUUACAGAGGAACCUUAAAGAGCUCAAUGACAUAGCCAGAAAAAAGGAAUGGGAGAUCCAAAAACACAGAGACAAGCUGAGUACCUGUCAACUGCGGAUCAAGAUGCUAGCAAAGCAGCUGGAUUAUGUAGGCACUGAAAUAGAGAAAGAGGAGGAGGCUGGCAGUGUUGCAGCCUUGUCCUCCCUUCAGGCAGUGCGCAGGCGACUGUGCAUUGAACUGGAGCAAGAGAAGGAUUUGGAGUUGAAAAUUGCUUUGACAAUAAAAAACGACAUGCUUGAGAUGUGGCACAUAGAAACUGAGCAGGGGAAAUAUGAAACCCUCCACGAACAACUUAAAAAAGAUGAGGAGGAGCUAGAGAUGAAAUACCAAGAACAAGCAGAAGUGCGGAUUCGGGUGGCAAAAAUAGCAGCACUGCAAGCAGAAAAAAAUCAGCAGUCUAGAGCAAAAAAAGAGAAGGAAACUCGGAAAGAAUAUGAAGAAAAGCACAAAAAAAUACUUGAAAAUGCCAAAAGGAACCAUGAAAAAGCAGUUUGCUUCCUGAGAAAGAGCACGGCAAGAAUUCGUGAAAAAAAUGCAAAGGAAGAAGUGAAAACUCAGGAACAUAUGGAAAGAAGGAUACAAGCUGUGCUUUCCCUGAAAACCAGCCUAACUUCCAAUAGGGAAAAACUCCAAGCUCUCCAGGCUUGGAACAAAGCAAAGGCCUUAGAGGCAGAGAAGCAGGAGAUGAAAAUGAGGGAAGCUAUCCUAGUGGAAGGAGGCAAUGUUGCCAAGGAAAUUUUUCUUCAUAAACAACUGCUAAAGCAUGAAAAAGAGAAACAAGCUUUUAGAGAACGGCAAAGAUCAAGAAAAAUUGAGAUUGUUUCUCGAAUUCUGCGAGAAAAAGCUUCUAUUCACAAGCAGAGAAAGAGCCAAUCCUGCACUAAGGCACUAAAGGGUGGCUCUGGUGAGAGAACUGCUUCUGUAGGAGAGAUUUCUGCAGAAAUACCCCAUGACAUGCUCAGUGAAAGUGGUGAAGAUGAGGAAGAGAGGGACAAGAUCCUAGUACAACCAGAGUUCCCAGGACUUUGGCGUCAGGAAUGUGACUUGCACAAGACACCUCAAGAAGAAAUGGAUCUAAAGCAACUGGCUACAGGGGUAGUGAUUAAAGGAAUUUCUGAGAAAAAAAUGGAGGAAUUCCCAACUGGAAUUUUUCACAAGCAAAUAGUUUCUGGUCGUGAACAUAAGGGAUGUGCUUUCUAUAGUAAACCAAGCUGCAUUCAUUUCAAGGAUUUUGAUGUUGGUCAAGUCUACAAAAAGAAGAUAGUUUUGAUAAAUACAUCCUACAGUGUUAAUUGCUGCAGACUAAUGGGAAUCAGUGAAUGGCUCAAGGACUUCAUAAGUGUUCAUUUUGACCCACCUGGCAAAAUGUCUCCGGGAAUGUCCUGUGAGGUAGUGGUAACAUUCAAGCCAAUGAUAAAUGAAACUCUGGAAGGAGAAGUCCUGUUUAUGGCACAGACAGGUUCUUUUGCUGUCCCACUGAAAUGUACAGCCAAAAGAUGCAUUCUGGCAUUAGAUAAAGAGCUCAUUGACUUUGGCAGCCAUGUGGUGGGAGAAACAAUUUCACAGACCAUCAGCCUGACAAACAGUGGAGCUUUGGGAACAAGAUUCAGAGUUCAGAUGUCAGCAGGUGAUAGUUGUAGAGGCAGAGCAACAGCAGAAUAUGCUCCUGGAAGAAUGGUUACUCAACAUCUUAGCGACUCUGUCCUUGAAAAGGAAGUCAGCAACAGUCCUGUGAAUUCUGUGGCUCAAAGGAAGGAACAAAUUGGUCCUGACCAUAGUCAAGAAGUGACCUACUCUGCAGUCCAGGUGAAGCCACAGAGGACUGAGAUCAGCCUGAGCAGGAGCUCCACAGAACAUCUCUGUCAAGAUACAUUAAAUUCCAGAUCAGAUCUACACACAGGCACUGCACACAAUUUAGUGGAAUUUUCUCCUGGAGAAACACCAGUUGAAAUGAUGCUUGGAAAGGUUACUGAAGGUGAAAUUGAACCCUUCAGCUCAGUCAAACUUCAGAUUCUGUUUGUGCCAGCUGUUCCUGGGGAUGUACAGGCAGAUUUUGUGAUUGUGUUUGACAACUCGGACUGCAAACCACUGUGCUUUAGUGCCAUUGGAGUUUCUAUGGAUAUGCCAGUUUGGGUGCCCAAUCCCAACAUUGAUUUAAAGAUCUGUAUGUAUGACCGGCUCUACCAGGAUUGCAUUGUCAUUCAAAGCAGAGCAAAAGCCACACUACAUUUGAAGUUUGAAGUAUGCAAAGAAUUGAGUAAGCACAUGGAGCUGCUUCCAAAAUCAGGUUACAUCCAAGCUCAGGCAUCCUUCAGCGUGCAACUGAAGUUUCUGCCCAGGCACUCUCUUUCUCAAGAUGCAGGGAGCUAUUUUAAUGAAGAGACAAGAAUUCUGGAGGUUCCAGUGACAAUUCUCAUUGUGGAUAAGGCUAAAAAAGUUAACGUUACUGUCCAUGCAAUAGUUACUACUGCUGAUUUGGAAAUCAGUCCAGCACAAAUCAAUUUUGGAUACUGCACAAUCUAUGAAGCUGUGCAGGCAAGCGUUGUGCUAACAAACAAAUCCAUCUUGCCACAAGAGUUUGGAUUUGUGGGGCUUCCAGAGUUUGUUGAAAUUCAGCCCAAUGAUGGAUUUGGAAUUCUUCUUCCUCUUGAAAGCCUGAUGCUGGACAUAAUCUUCAAAGCUAACAAGGCAAAAGAUUACAGCUUUGAACUAACCUGCAAGUCAGAGAUUAAUAGACAAUACAAGCUGUCAUGCAAAGCAGUUGGAGUCCACCCACCUCUCGAAUUGUCUCAUUCCUUGGUUCGGUUUCCUGCAACAGCUUUAAAUGGCAUGUCUACAGAAACACUGUACGUGAUGAAUUCCCAUGUGAGCGUCAACCGCUUUACUCACACUGUCCCAAGGAUUGGCAAUGGGGAAGCUGCCCCUGUUGGACCCACUUCAUUUGAAUUCUGUGUGCCAGAAGACUGUCCAGUGACAAUCACACCUUCUGUUGGAACUGUGUUGCCUGGGAAGAAAAGCUUGAUUCAAGUGUCCUUCAGACCAACACUGUCAGAUCAGCUCAUCAGAGAAGAGGCAGUUCGGAGGCUGUGCAGAGCAGCUGCAGCAGGGGCAGAAAUACAAAAGAAAGAUGAAAAGAGAGGGGGAAAGAAAUUAAGCGUUUUCAUUACCAGACAGCAGUCUUCCAGACAGCUGGUGAGGGAUGGAGGCAGCAAAUACCGAAGUUCUCUCUGCAGUUCUGAGCAACCAAAACCUGAAGAGUUAAGGCCUGAUUCUGAGGCGUAUAUGGCAGCCGAGGCUUUCCUGAUGAGGACUUUCAGUGGGAGGUUUGAAAAAUACAUCAUACCGUGCUUUGUUGCAAGUGGACAAAUCAAUGAAAAAAAAAGCUCCGAAAACUUAAGUUACAGCCCCUACAACACAUUGUAUUUGGAGUUGCACUGUCCAGCUGUAGCCCCAUCUGUUGUGGUCACUUCAAAUAAUGGGAAGAAUACUGUUGAUUUUGGUGAUGUUGCAGUAGGCCACAGAAUGAUGAAGCGACUUACAAUACAAAAUAUCACCCCGGAGAAGCUGGAACUAGGAUUCUCAGUUCUGAAUCCCAGCGGUCCCUUCCUGUUGGUCAGAGCAGUUAGAAUGCUUGAACCAGGUGAAAAUAAACCCCUCAUCAUCUCUUUUGGUCCCAACAAGAAUAAACGGACAUCCUCUGGGCAGUCCUUUGAAACACUGGAUAUCCGGACAGCAAAGACCAACCUAACCCUGACUGUCGCUGGCCGUGGGGUGACACCAUCGGUUGUUUGCUCUGUGGAAGAAGUACUCAAUAUGGGUUAUGUCAUAGCCAAAGAGAAGGUGACUUCCACAUUCAAGAUACAGAACACUUCCAUGUUGACCCUGCGAUACUCCAUCCAACUAGAUUCACUUUCACCAGCAAGGGACAAAGAUCGUCAGAGGCUUCCGUCCUUUAUUACGUCCUCUUUGCAAAGAACAGAGCUUGUUGGAACACAGAACUAUAAUGGCCUAAGUGUGUUCAGCAUCUUUCCAACAGAAGGAGAGAUUGUUGCUGGGAAGAGUCAGGAUUUUGUUGUUACUUUCAGUCCUGAUCAUGAAAGCCUGUACUAUUCUGACUGUCUCAAGGUUGUACUCUUUGACAAGGAAAUAGCCCAUGUGAUCCACUUAAAGGGUGCAGCAAGAGAUCAUCCCGUAUUUGUGGAAGGGGGAGUUCCACUGGAUGUGCCUGUUGAGUCCCUGGCUGUAACACCACCCCUGUCAUCACAGGGAGCACCAAAAGAAGAGCUGCAAGAACCAGUGAAGUCCAUUCUCCUCACUCUGGAGUACGUGGAUGGAGAGAUUUCUCCAGAGCCAGCAGUGACAGAGCUGAGGAUUGGAGCCAUACAGACAGCUCGCUUUGCACCCAAGAAGCACACAGAGUUCGCCUUCCAUGACCUACAUCUCCUCCAGCAGAAGGGAUUCACUGUUGAACCUGCGCAGGGAAUGAUCGAGUGGGGUCAAGUCAAACGCAUCCGUGUCUCUUGGGUGCCACCUGCUGACUACUGCGAUGAUGAUCCUCCACUUGUGGCAGCCCCCCUGGCCUUAAAAGGUGACGUUAAAGAAUCUUACCAAAUCCUCUUCAUGGCAAAAGUUGUGUCUGCGUAUGCUCCCACUGAGUGA